ACACCCACCUCUCAACUCUCAUCUCUAUAUCCCUAUAUAUAUUCCUUUACCCUAUACUUAGCCCCUUGCACCACAAUCUUAAGCUAAAAAAAUCUCUAGCUACUCAGACAAUACACACACAGAAAUAUAUACAAUUUUCUUUUCUUCCCUGUUGAGUUCAACCAAUUUUCUUUAGAAAAAACAUGCAAGAAGAGAAGAAGAUGAAGGUGAAGAAAGGAUGGCUGGCGGUCCGGGUUGGAUCGGAGGACGAAGACGGUGGGUUCCAACGUUUCGUCAUACCAAUAUCAUACCUAUACCACCCUCUCUUCAACCGGCUUUUAGAAAGAGCCCAUGAGGUUUAUGGGUACCAUACCACCGGCCCACUCAGGCUGCCAUGUUCUGUAGACGAUUUUCUCCACCUCCGGUGGCAGAUCGAGAGGGAGGCAAUUAACUACAAUCGCCAUCACCACCACUAUCACUACCACCUCCCUAGCUCUUUAUCUUUCAACUCUUGUUAGUGGAAUUGGAUCGAUACAAGCCAUAUUUUCUUUGUUUAAAUGGCUAAUUAAUUAGAUCGGAUCAGGGGCUUUAUUGCGAAUAUGAAGAUUUUCCUUCUCUUUCUUGCCGUCUUUUUUUUUUUUUUUUUUUUUUUUUUUGGGUUUUGGUUGAUGUUUUCCCAUGGUAAUGGAAAAAGUAGUUGCAAGCUUCUCAUCGCAA